CGCAGUUCGGAGUCUGUUCAUUAGCACUGUUGCGCUCUGUGCACCUCCAGUUGAAGGCUUCUGGACGUCACCACGACACUUCAGGGAAAGCUCAGACUGCAUUUUUUAAAGACUAACAAUGAGUUGUUCAAACGCAUGAACUGCAGAAGUCUAUUUUGCACACGGUUACACCUGCAUCGCCUCAGAUUUCAGCGAACGAACCAAUAGCUGAGUGAAGACAUACUGCGCGGCGCACAGGGACAGAUCAUGCACUGUCAAGCCGAGCUGAGGCUCUCUUCCCCGGGUCAGCUGAAGGCUGCCAGGAGGCGCUACAAGACUUUCAUGAUUGACGAGAUCCUCUCUAAGGAGACCUGUGAUUAUUUUGAGAAACUUUCUCUAUACUCAGUGUGUCCAUCGCUCAUUGUUCGACCGAAGCCUCUUCAUUCAUGUUCUGGCUCCUCAUCACUACGUGCCUACCCUCUCCUCUCAGUGAUCACGCGGCAGCCGCCCCACAUCCCUCAGGUGUCCUCUCCGGUCGGGGUCCCCUCGCACCUGUCGUUGCUGUCCCCGCAGCACCAUCGGGGGGGCUCCGAGCCCUCGCCGAGCCAGACGCCCCUCAGCAUCAGCAGCGAGUCGGACACGGAGCACAGCGCGCCUCGCCUGAAGAAGCCGCGUCGCAGCCGCACCAUCUUCACCGAGCUGCAGCUGAUGGGCCUGGAGAAGAAGUUCCAGAAGCAGAAGUACCUGUCCACACCUGAUAGGUUAGACCUGGCCCAGUCACUCGGUCUCACACAGCUACAGGUGAAGACAUGGUACCAAAACAGACGAAUGAAGUGGAAGAAAUUGGUGCUCAAAGGAGGUCACGAGGCCCCGACUAAGCCCAAGGGAAGACCCAAGAAAAACUCCAUCCCCACCACGGAGGAAAUAGAAGCAGAAGAGCAGAGAUUGAAGAUGGAGGACGAGGAGAGGAAGAGGAGGGCGGGCGAGAAAGCAGCACUGGUAUCACAGCUCGAGCCUGAAGAUCUCAGUACAGAAACUCACAAUCCAGCCGCGACGAUGGAGGGAUCUGAGGGAGAGCUUCUGAUGCAGUCGGAGACUCAAACAGCAAGCUAAAGCAGAACAAAGCAAACCAAAGACUAAUGCCUAACCUGAAAACAAAGAGUGCCUCAGGAUCACUGUAAAAAAAAAGCCUGCGUGGUGUUUAAAACCAUAAUGCUUUACAAGUUUGACUGGAAAUGUAUCAAUGGCGUCACAUCUAUACCUGAUGCAGCCUUUUUAUAUUUUUGUGCAUUUGCAAAUGUACCAUACAGAGAGCUAACGUGUAUAGACACUGAUUGUGCUGGCAGAACUGUGGCCUUUAUUUUAAGCAGGUAUACCAAGCAUAAGGAGUGUUAAUCUGUCCAAUCCAAGUCGGUCUGUCACAGCUCAACUUUGAAUCAUGCGUCACCUUUGUGUGCAUUACAGCCAUUAAAGAUCACUGAUCCUCUAAGCUGCCUCAAAGCUACAUAAUGCACAUGCCAAAAAUAUCGAGAUAUGCCUUAUUGUAGUGUCUUUCUAUAUACAUGUUCUAUAAAUCACUGCACUGCCAAAUAUCACAACAUUUAGUUGCUACAGUGCCUUGUCUCAGAGGAGCUUUACAAGUGUUGAUACAGUAUCUAUUAAAUGCAAGUAUAUAUUUUGCAGUGAUUUUCUAUUCAAAGUUCUUUUUUUUUAGAGGGAAAUAAAUUCUUUAAAGAUUCUGCACAGCUUUAUGCUGAACAUGUGCCUUUUGUUUGGCCAAUAAAGCUUGCAUUUGUAUCGUUCAACCUGAAGAUGAAAAGAGAAGCCAUACACUGUAUCAUACUGUAGAAAUGUGUAUAAAGUAUAAAAUAUAUGAUCUUUUGGAUAUCUUGGUAAAACAGUAUUUUAAACUGCUGUUUUAUAUCGGAUUAAAAUAGUGUGUGUGUGUGUGUGUGUAUGAUGUUACUGCCGUCCCCCGCUGUUUUUCUUUUUUUUCUUCCUCAUUUCACAGGAGCCGGGUUGACUCCGCUUUCUGCCACGAGGCCACUAAGACUCUUAAGCUGUCAGAGAUUCUCAGAGAGAAUAAAUCUCAGCCCGUGCCAAGGUGCACAGCCAAUGCUGAACAUUUAAAAUCUCAAAAACGUUUUCGGCCUGCAGGCUUUGCAUGAUUACUCCAAUCAGUGUGUUAGCAUAGCACUGUCAACUGCCUGUCACUGACUUCUCUUUAAAACCACACCUCUACCUUCUCUCCUCGCAGAUACAUGCAAUUAAAGAGUUCCACUUUUGGAAUAUAGGCAGAUUCAUUUUGUAUUUGUUAUUGUUUCGUAUGAAAAGUGCAGUAUUUUUCUGAUGUAAAUAAUGCUUGUUUGCAGUUUUUUUAGGUUCAUGUACAAUACUUUUUCUUAUGUAACAAGUGUGUGUUUAUGUAUUUAAAUACACUUAAUAAAACAGAAAUCAUUUAAAUUUCCCCGUUUGUUGAAAGUGCUUUGAGUUUU